UGGUCAGAAUGGCUGUCGAUCGAGCGUAGGGGUGUCGUAUUGUCGUAAAUAAAUUGUGUGAAAAUCAAUUAAUUCCUAAUGUAAUUUGAUUGUUGAUAGGGAUACGAUUAUUUUGUAAGCAUGAGAUCCCGGGGCUGACAAUCAAAUCUGUAUUGGAGCAGUCUCCAGGAUUGAGCCCCAAGACGUGAUCAACCUGAGUACUACCACCACAUCUGAGCCGUUGAUUUGUGUGGUAUAACGUGAAGAAUGGCGCAGGUCGGAGCUAAUAUGGAAUACCAGGAGUAUAAGUGGGCUUACUCAAUCAUGGACUCCUCCAAGGUAUCGGCGUGUCUCAUCUCGAUGCUGCUGAUUGUGUACGGUAGCUUUCGGUCGCUGAAUAUGGAACGAGAGGCGAGGGAGCGAGCUGAGAGGGAGAGGGAAGCCACACUGCUCGGCGGAAAACCUGCUACUACCAGCUCCAAUUCUAAUUCAAAUGUUCAAACUCUGAACACGAUGCAAGCUCUGUGCUUCCCCCUCGGUUCCUCAGUCGCUCUGCUCAUCAUGUUCUUUUUCUUCGACUCCAUGCAGACGCUGGUGGCCAUAUGCACUGCAAUAAUAGCGUGUGCGGCGCUGGCGUUCCUGCUGACGCCGCUGUGCCAGUACGUGGCGGGCGGCGCGCGCGGCGCCGUGUGCGGCCGGUACUCGGCGCCCGAGCUGGCCGCCGCGCUGCUGGCCGCCGCCAUCGUCGCCGUCUGGGUGCUCACCGGCCACUGGCUGCUCAUGGACGCGAUGGGAAUGGGCCUGUGCGUCACGUUCAUCGCUCUGAUCCGGCUGCCGUCCCUGAAGGUGUCCACUCUACUACUCACCGGCCUACUGCUAUACGACGUCUUCUGGGUCUUCUUCUCUUCUUACAUAUUCACCACCAACGUCAUGGUCAAAGUCGCUACCAGGCCGGCAGAGAACCCGAUGAACGUAGUAGCGCGACGGCUGCAGCUGGGCGGCGCGAUGCGUGACGCGCCGAAGCUGUCGCUGCCUGCCAAACUCGUGUUCCCCUCCAUGCACCACCAGGGACACUUCUCCAUGCUCGGUCUCGGCGACAUCGUUAUGCCUGGUCUACUGCUGUGCUUUGUGCUGCGAUACGACGCGUAUAAGAAGGCUACCCUCGUUUGUCAGAUGGGACAAGUUCCAGGCCCCAGAUCUAUGGGUUCCCGGCUGACGUACUUCCACUGUUCACUGCUGGGCUACUUCCUGGGGUUACUGACGGCCACGGUGUCGGCCGAGGUCUUCAAGGCGGCGCAGCCCGCGCUGCUCUACCUCGUGCCCUUCACCCUGCUGCCGCUGCUCACCAUGGCUUAUGUUAAAGGUGAUCUCAGAAGAAUGUGGAGUGAACCGUUCAUAGCUCCGCCUACCGGCAAGUCGGGCGCAGACUUCGACGUGUGACUGGGUGGAUGCGUGCCCUCCCUUCUGUCUGCGUAGAGCCUGCCCCCCACUCGCCACUGUACAGUUAGGUACCGCUACACCACACCCCGUCUCUGUGUUCUUCAAGUAUCGGUGGAUCUAGGUAAUUAGUAUUAUUCCUUCGCAGCGUGUGAAUACCGAGUUGCACUAUACAUACAUAUAUACUGCUGACCUGUAACUAACUGUACACGCACCACUGGGCCACAUGUGAGUUGAUGUGUUUAUUAUUAUAAUUAUAAAGACAUAAGUUGUACUUUUAGGUUAGUCGAUACGCUUUUGUUUCGUUAGUAAAUGUUAAGUUGAGAAGUUACAGCACAGGGUAACUUGCUGAUUAUGAAUAAACUGUGUAGUGAUCAGGACCAGUGCGAGAGAUUUUGAUUAAAGUAAAACUAUGACAUUACAAUUGGUAUUUUGAAAAUACUCAGUCAUAGCAUUUCAUUAAACUUUUUCUAUUUCAUAUUUUUUUUAUAUGACAUAUAUAGUUGUACUGCAUGUGACAAAUGAUGAAGCAAUUCACUGAAUAGUUGCACAGUAACUGUUUGAGAUUGCUGAGAUAUUAGAAUCAUGCAUGCAGUAUGUAAUGCUAUUGACAGGUUCCAGUUUAGUUGACAGAAUCUACGUAAAAGAGCCGCAACGACAGGCACACGUUUUGUAUGUCUCAUUUUUAUGUUAGGAUCUUUUGUAUGAAUCUCAUUUUUAUUUUACACUUAUACGUACUUUUCUAUGGGUUUUGUAUUGGAAUCAAGAUCAAAUUAGAAAUAUGACAAGUUUGUGAUGUAUCCCUACAUAUUGUAUUAUGAUAUUAUUACAGUUUGGUUCACAAGUGGUCAUCAUUCGUUCCAAUGAUCAAACUUUGUUGUCACUGCCUUAGACUGAUGUUUUCAAUGAAGAUUUUUUCUAUAUGUUGAAUGGAGUAUUAUAGACAAAUGUUAGACUAAAAUAUUAGAUUGUAAGCUACUAACUAUUGUUGUUAUUAUUAUAACAACUGUAUUGUUGUUGUAAAUUAUUUGAUUGAAUUUAAUAAAAGAUGUUAAGACAUUACAUCGUAAGGCGUAUACUUGGUAUGUGUGAUUUAAUUUUUAUAACAAUUUAUAACAUUUUUAUUUUGGAUUUAUUUUAAUAGGUUUAUUUUGUACUAAGUGGUUAUCAUUGAUAAGUUUACUGUGUGCGAGCUAAAUACUAUUAAUAUGAAACAGUAUUCUGACAAAAGUGAUGUAAAAAUAUUAUUGAGGCUUUGUUUAUCAAGUAACAGACACUGUCACUUAUGAAUUUGCUGAUGUCUAUCACAUAGAUAAAAUUUUCUUGCUUUGUAUUCUCAAUGUAAAGUGUAUCCAAAUAGUUUUGGUGUAUUUUAUAGAUAUUUAUAUAAAUAGUCACUGAAGUUUUGUCAUUGAUGUACAUAAACAUAAUUAUGUGAAAUUAAUAUUAAGAUUGAUGUUCCAUUAUUUGCGUCACUGUUUCAUCUCAUCAUUGAUCUUGAGACUAAUAAUGUAAAUAUUUAACGCCCACACAAUUCAUUACCUGCCAAAACUUGGAAAAUUGCAUUUAAUAUUUUUAUAUGUAUCUGUGGGAGUAUGUUUAUUGCUAUAAAUACCAAUAAAAAUAUUAGAUGAAAGGA